GACCACCAAACGACCACCAAACGAAUGCAAUUAAUUAAAGUUCGAUACGUUGAAGUUGCCCGGCUAACUUCACUGAGGUCCCCUAGUCAGCGUUAUGUGUGUGACCUAGGAAAUUUUUUUAAAUCGAGUUGGUAGAAGGAUUGCUUUGCUUUUCAAAUUUUUCAAUCGUAAUUAUAACGUCUCCGUAUCUCUGUCUAACACUGUAUAACUUUCAACCAUAUGUAAAAACUGAGUGACAGUUUUUCAAGAAAUUUUAUAUUCUAAGCUAUAAUAAUAUUGGUUUAUCUCUACGGCUCAACAGUAUAUAAUAGGUAUUUACGUCAUGAUGUUAGUUUUUCCUGCAUAAUACUGUACUAAGAGCACUGAUAUAUUACAUAAAUAACUUAAUUAUCAAUCAAUUUGCCGUUCUAAGUUAUUUUUCAUGAGGUCGCAUUUGUCUUUUGUAUGACAAUACAAGAAUAGCGACCGAUUGCAGGUAUCUCUAUAAUAUUUCUUAAAGCAUUGCUAAAACUUAAUCAAUAAUUAUGAGUGAGCAAUUUAUAAACGAAUAUUAUAUUAAUCUAGAAUACAAUAAGAGCAAUAAAGAGAAAGUAUUGACUGAAAUAUCUAAUUUGUCUAAAGGAUUGAACAUUAAGGAUGUUAAUAAUUUUUCAGCAAGAUUUCUCCUAGCAGCAUCUAGCAUAGAAAAAAAUUUGUCUCUUUUUAAAUCUGUAUGUGAACACAUAGAUACAGUUACUAUUAUUCUUGAAUACUUAACAAAUUUUGGUGUAAAAUUUAUGUUUGAUAAUAACUUUGACAAAGAAUAUAAUGAAGAAGAGACAAUCUUAUCAAUAGUGCUUACAAUCUUUAAUAUAUGUAGAGAACCUAAAGUGCAAUUGUUUCUGGAAAAUGCUAUUGUCAAAAAUUCAAUGUUAUAUAAAAUCCAAUACGAUCGUUUGAAACAGGAGCUUUCAAAUCAAAUCAACGAAGUGAUACUUUUAGAGGAUUCAGACAUAUAUGCAGUUCUCAACUAUUUAAAGAUAAUAAAAUGUUCUUAUAUAAAUAAAAUUUGGGUCCACAUAUCAAUUAAACAUAAAUUUUUGUGGCUUCUAAAGAAAUAUCUUUGUCAUAGAAACUUUACCAUUCGUACAUUUAAAUCGUGGGAAACGUUUACACCCCGUAUGUCAUAUAAUAUGCAUAUAAUAUCCAUAUGGUCGGAAAAUAUUGUAGGUGCAAAAAAUUUAGCAACAUUUUUAAAUAGAGAUGUUAUAUUUAUAAAUACGCAUAUGGAUCUCUAUGGUGGCGCCAUGCUUUUGCCAUAUAUAAAAGUAUUUGAUAAAAUAAAUAAAGGAUUGAAAUUUAGUUUCAACCAUUUGAUACAGCCAAGUAUAAAUGAAGUAAACUUAUUGCAUCUUACUCUCGAAGUUUCUGCACCAAUGUUUAGUCUGUUUUAUGAUGGCAAAUGGCAAGCACCUGUGGAAGGCACCUAUUGGAAACAUAAUAAUUAUAUUUGGGCAAAUGCAACAAGUGAGGAUGUUAAGAUGUGUUUUGAAUCAGCUAUAAAAGGAUUUCAAAUUUGGAAAACUUGGUCAACUAAUGAUAGAAAGAAUUUGUUAUCUGAAUUGAUGACAACACUGAAGUACCAUAGCAAAUUAUUGGAAGACAUAGUAUCAAGGUUGUAUCUUCCAUUCACUAAAUUUGUAUUACCUGAUAAAAUAUCGUUGCUUUGUUCUGAAAAUGAUAGAUUAGAAGUAAUACAAGAUCGUACUCCAAGAGGCAUCAUCAUUCUUAAGGAGAAAACUGAAGAAAUGUUGUUUCUUCGAUUGAUACAAAUUUUACUAUCCGGCAAUUCUGUUAUUGUGAUAGCUGAUGCAAAUUCUUGCAGUUUGGCACCGUAUUGUGAUUUCUUUUCAAUAUGUAAGAUACCACCAGGCGUUAUAAAUUUACUGUCAAAUGAAAACAUUAGCAAUUUAGAGUUAAGUUUAUGCACAAGAGAUUACGCAAAGUAUGAAACAAAAAUUUUUACUUCACUAAACUAUGAGGAGAUGUACAUAAACCUUACUUUACCCAAACCAAUUGUACUCUCUCUCAAGUAAUUUUAUCAACAUUGUAGAGCGUAUAGUGAAUGUGAGAGUUAAUAUAUAACAAAGACAGAGGUACAUAAAAGAGUGCCUUAUAAUAUCUUGAUGUAUUUUUUAAAUAUUAUUAUUACAUUAUACAAUUUCAGAAGAAUUUUUUCUCAUUACAUGUUCAUUAGUCAAUUCUGUCAAAAACCUAUAGUUAUAAUACAAUGUAUGAUGUAUCGAGAUAUUUUAUGAAAGAGAAUUUAGAAUAAUUUUUAUGUUUUUAUUAUUUAUGUAUCUAUAAGUAAAUAAAAAAUUUAAUUGCACUUAUGCUAUCAUGAAAAUACUCAAUGUUUUAAGAAAUUGUUCAUACUUCAAAUUUUAUAUAAUACGCAAUAUAUUUUACGCAUAACUGUAUCAAUCAUUUAAGAAAAAAUAAAAGAAAUGGAUACAAAAA